AUGCAACAAUCGUCGUCAGUGGCGCCGCCGUCCGGAGGAGAAGACUACGACAACGACCAACCAGAAGACGGGGUCGUCGCUGGACCUCAAGAGGUGUUCGACGAGGGUGAGGACUCCAGUGACGACUGUCCGCAGUAUUACUCGGGCUCGGACGACUCGGACAGUGACACAGAUGUCGAAGACUCGGCCAACCUCGAGGACGAACACGCCUGGGAGCGACCACCACCUGCCGAGUGCGAAGCCACACCCGUCAAUGUCGAUCAAGCUCCCGCUGAGGAUCCCAUCGAUCCUGAAUAUACUCGUCUACACCGUGAAGAAGAGUGGAGACGGCGACGCGUGCGAGACGCUUUACAAGCAGCUACAUAUGUUGUUCCGUACCCAAGCGGCGCCUCUCAAGCUGGAGAACCCAUCCAACUGUCGCGCGAGCCGACCAGCUACCACACAGCUCGCAACGGUCUUCAACAGGACGGCGACGACAAGACCAAUCUAUACGCCCCAUUUGUCUCAUUCAUUGAUUACGCAGUGGCCAUGUGGGCGAAAAUGCGCGGCCCCGGAUCCACGGCGGUCACUGAGUUACUCGAAAUAGACGGGCUCGUCUCUCAACUCGGCUUGUCGUACAAGAAUUCAAGAGAGCUGAAUAAGCUCAUCGAUAACCAGCUCUCAUCGACACGCCCUCGCUUCAAGAGGCAGGAGUUCCUCAUCGGUGGAGAGGUCUUUGAACUUUUCUACCGUGACGUCAUUGAGUGCAUACAGGCUCUGUACGGCGAUCCUGAGUUCUCUGGAGUGCUUGUUUUCACACCGGAGCGACACUACACCGAUGCUGAUCGCAAGAUCCGCGUAUAUUUCGAUAUACACACUGGAAAGUGGUGGUGGGCAACUCAGGAAGCUCUUGAUAGAGUCAAGCCUGGCGGCACGAUCAUCCCGGUGAUCAUCUCGUCGGACAAGACCCAGCUUACCGUCUUCGGGAACAAGACAGCCUAUCCCGUCUACCUUACCAUCGGCAAUCUCCCGAAACACAUCCGCCGCAAACCCUCUCGUCGGGGGCAAAUCCUCCUCGCUUAUCUCCCCACUACCAAACUCGAGCACAUCACUACAAAGGCAGCACGUCGAAGAGCGCAGAACAACCUCUACCACGCGUGCAUGGGACACGUGCUCAAGCCACUCGAGAAGGCCGGCGUUCAUGGUGUCAACAUGACUGGCGGCGACGGUAUCGUCCGACGCGGACAUCCGAUCGUUGCCAUCCACGCCGAAGACUACCCAGAGCAGCUCCUCACCACUUGCUGCAUGAACGGCGACUGUCCUCGGUGCAGCAUCGACCGGGACGAUGUGGGGGCGACAACGGAUCCUAGUCGGCCUCUUCGCGACCUCAACGCUGUGAUGGAUGCCCUCGCCGUCGCUGAUACAGGCACGUCAACGGAGUUCGUCCCGCCUCCAGUGCGCCGCCCAUACUGGUUGAAUCUACCUUUCCACAACGUUUUUCGCUCAAUCACACCAGACGUUCUUCACCAGCUCCAUCAAGGCGUAGUCAAGCACUUGAUCUCGUGGCUGAAGAUCGCCUUUGGUGAAGACGAGAUUGAUGCACGCUGUCGCCGCAUUCCCCCCAAUCACCAGAUCCGCGUCUUCAUGAAGGGGAUCUCCGGUUUGCAACGUGUCACUGGCAAGGAGCACGCGGCGAUAUCCCGCUUCUUACUGGGCCUAGUUAUCGGACAUCCGUUGCGAGGUGGCUUUUCCCCGAUUCGGCUCGUUCGAGCAGUACGCGCCAUCCUCGAUUUCUUAUACCUCGCUCAGUAUCCUGCUCACACCUCCGACACACUCGAACUCCUCAAGGACGCAUUGCGUAGAUUCCACGAGAACAAGUCGAUCUUCAUCAUUCUCGCAAUACGCGAGCACUUCAAGAUCCCGAAGCUCCAUUUCCUUGAUCACUAUUUCGAGCUGAUACUGCUUUUCGGUACCACAGACAACUACGACACUCAACUUUUCGAACGCUUACACAUCGAUCUCGCUAAAGAAGCAUGGCGCGCUACAAACCAUAAAGACGAGUUCGUGCAAAUGACGCUCUGGCUUGAGCGCCGAGAGAAGAUGCAGCGGCACGCUGCGUUUGUUGCGUGGAGACUCAACGUCGAAGAUACUGUCCCCCAUGAUCUUCGCUCACCUUCUCCAUCAUCCGAUCCUCCGUCGUCUCCAGGGCCCCGGGUUGGUCGUCAAGGUCCGCAACCUUCAGGCCGGUCUGUAUCGACUUCUUCAAAAAUCUUCCUUACCAAGUGGCCGAGCGUACGAAGAGUACCCAUCUCGUCUUGCGCUCAGCUCUACCAGGCCGAGUUCCUACCCGACGCUCUCGCACGCUUUGUUGUAUCCUUCCGAUAUCCCGAUCUCACCAAUGCGGAGGUCGAGAGCCAAUCCUCCGCUGUUCACCUGCCUUUCAACGCCGUCCCGGUGUACCACAAGAUCAAGUUUAUUCUUCCCUCGCCUCAGAAGAUGGGUAUCCCAGAGGGCGACGUUCACGACACUGUGCACGCCCGUCCGGAGCGGAAGGAUGCGCGAGGGAGGUUGGUUCCCGCUCGUUUCGACACCGUCUUAGUCAAGGAGGAUGAAAAUGCUCAGGGGAUUCAUAAAUAUCGUGUCGGACGCGUUCGACUGAUAUUUUCCAUUCCAAAAGCGGCCAAUCAAGUCCUUUUCCCUCGUCUUGUACCCCCUCAACACCUUGCAUACAUAGAGUGGUUUACCGCCUUUCGAGACAAGGAUCCUGACCAUGGUCUUUACCGAGUCAGGCGAUGUAGAAACCGUGCGGGAGAUCGCCUAGCAAGCGUCAUCCCGGUUGCUGAUAUCCACAGAAGUUGUCAUUUAUUCCCCGUUUUCGGCGGAUCCGUUGCUCCUAGAGAUUGGACCAGUAGCACAGUCCUCGAUCGAUGCGAUAUAUUCUAUGUAAACAUCUUCAGCGAUCAACAUAUGUACAUGACUGCCCUAUAA